AUGUGGAAUCCUCUUGGCCUCUCGAUGCUGCUGGCCCUGGCCGGCAGAGGACUUCCCGGCCGCUGCCCCCAGGUCUGUGUCUGUGACAACAUCAGGAGACACGUCUCAUGCAGGCGCCAGAACCUCACAGAGGUGCCAGUCACCAUCCCGCAGAUGACCCAGAGGCUGGAUCUCCAAGGCAAUGCCCUGAAGGUGAUUCCCCCAGAAGCCUUUCUGUCACUCCCCUACCUCACUCACCUGGACCUGAGGCAUUGCCAACUGGAGCGGGUUGAGGAAGGUGCAUUCCGAGGUCUGGGCCGACUGGUCUACCUCAACCUGGCCUCCAACCACCUCUCAGUACUCUACCAAGAGGCCCUGGAUGGGUUGGGGUCCCUGAGGCAGCUGGUUCUGGAGAACAACCAGCUGGAGGAGAUCCGCACAGGGGCCUUCAGCCAGUUGGGGUCCCUGGGCCUCCUCAGCCUGGCCCACAACUCACUGGUCUACCUGCCUGACAUGGCCUUCCAGGGGCUGCUCCAGAUACGGUGGCUGCGCCUCUCCCACAAUGCCCUCAACGUCUUGGCCCCUGAGGCCUUGGCUGGCCUGCCGGGCCUUCGCCGGCUCAGCCUGGAUCACAAUGAGCUGCAGGCCCUGCCCGGGGAGGCUCUGUCUCGCCCUGAUGGCCUGGUUCAGCUGGAGCUGGGUCACAACCCACUCACCUACCUGGGUGAGGAGGACGGGCUGGCCCUCGGGGCUCUACGAGAUCUGGCCUUCGACCACGCUGCCCUGCAGGAUGUGGGUGCCGGGGCCUUUGCCCGCUGUCCCCGGCUCCGAUCACUAGAUCUCCAGAGCAACCAGCUUGGGGGGCUGCCCCCACUUGAGGGGGUAGGCCAGCUCCGGAAGCUCAACCUGAGUGGGAAUCCGCUGUUGUGUGACUGUGCUGCCAGGCCCCUGUGGGAGUGGGUGGCCAGGGCCCGGGUACAGACCGACGGGCUGUGUUCAGAGCCCAGACGCCUCAAGGGAGAAGCUCUUGAAUCCCUGAGGGCCAGGGAUCUAUACUGUGAGAGGCAGGGAGACAAGGUGGAGGAAGGAGAGGAGGUGGCCCCCAGGCCUCGGGCCCCAGAGGAGGACAGAGCCACCAAACCCUGCCCAGCGGCCUGUGUCUGCUCCCCAGACUCCCAGCACAGCAGCUGUGAGAACAAGGGGCUGAGACUCAUCCCCUCUGGGUUCCCCAACCACACCCAACUCCUGGACCUGAGACGAAACAACUUCUCUGCCAUUGCCCAGGGCUCCUUCCCUGGCCUGGCCUGCCUGGUGUCGCUGCAUCUCCAGAACUGUGGCAUCUCCCGCCUGGAGCCAGGAGCCCUCCAUGGAUUGGGCCAGCUGGUCUACCUCUACCUCUCUGACAACCAGCUCUCGGGGCUCAGCGCCGCUGCUCUGCAAGGCACGCCCCGGCUCCGUUACCUCUACCUGGAUGGCAACCAUUUCACGCAGCUGCCCAGGGCUGCCCUGAAGGUCCUGCCCGGGCUCUUCUCCCUCCACCUAGGGCGCAAUGCUCUCCAGCAUCUGGCUAUGGGAGACCUGACCGGACCCAAGGGGCUUCACUGCCUCUACGUGAGUGGUAAUCGUAUCUCUCGCCUGGGUCCGGGCCCAGCCCUGGAGCUGGAGAAGCUGCACCUGGACAGGAACCAGCUUCAGACGGUGCCAACCAAAGCCUUGAAGGGGCUGCCUGCCCUCAGGGAGCUGCAGUUGUCAGGCAACCCCCUUCGGGUUCUGGAGGACAGGGCCUUUUGGCCUGUGGCCAGCUCCCUCCAGCACCUUUACCUAAAUGGCACAGGGCUGCAGCAGAUCUCUCCAGGGGCCUUUGCUGGUCUGGGGCCUGGGCUCAGGACUUUGUACCUGGAGAAAAAUCAGCUGCAGACGCUGCCGCCCAUGGACAGUUUCACGCGGCUGGAGCUCAUCAGCCUCAGUGAGAACCCCUUCCGCUGUGACUGCCGGCUCCUCCCGCUGCACAGGUGGCUCGCUGGCCUGAACCUGCGAGUGGGGGCCACCUGUGAGUUCCCAGUCAAUGCCCGGGGCCAGAAGGUGAAGGCUGCUACAGCUGCCUUCGAGGCCUGCCCUGGCUGGGGAACCAAGAAGGGCAAACGGGGCCCACCGUCAGCCCAGCGACAAGCUAGAAAAGCCCGAGGCCAGAAGAAGCAGGCAGGACCAGUCAAGGUGGGGAGGGCAAGACCCAGAAAAAGGACCAGCCAAGUUUGAGAGCUGCGACCCUC